AAUACCACAUUCAAUUAGUUCGCUUAAGUGAUCUUACAAUCAGCCAKUUGUUUUCAGUUCGAUUUGAUCGUUCCAAAGUUGCUGUUGUUGCCAAAAUUGUAUCGUCCAGUUCUUAGUUAGCUACUGGUAAUCAAUAUUUUUCAAUUAAAAAUUAACAGUUGUSCACAAAAAGGAAAAUGAAUUACCUGAGAAAAAUACCUUUACGUAUGGUUGCUAACACGGUCCUGCGCCAACAGCAAUGCWUGUCCAGCGGUACAGGUGCCAUGUCAGCACUCACUGUCCUCACUGACGAUGAGCGCGUAAUGAAGGAGACCGUUGCCAAAUUGGCUCAAGAACAAAUCGCGCCRCUUGUUAAAAAAAUGGACGAGGAACACAAAUUCGAUCCCUCAGUGGUGCAGGCAGUUUUCGAGAACGGUUUAAUGGGCAUUGAGGUUGAUCCAGAUUUGGGCGGCAGUGGUUGCAAUUUCUUGACCACCAUACUAGUUGUCGAAGAGCUGUCAAAGGUUGACCCGGCCGUUGCUGCUCUCGUUGAUAUCCACAAUACUUUGGUUGUCUCUUUAAUGAUAAAAGUCGGCAGUGAGGAGCAGAAAAAGAAGUAUUUACCGAAGUUGGCGCAAGAGUAUCCUGGCAGCUUCGCUUUGACUGAGCCGGGUGCAGGUUCGGAUGCAUUUGGCUUGAAAACUGUUGCCAAAAAAGACGGCAAUCACUACGUGAUUAACGGCACAAAAAUGUGGAUCUCAAAUUCCGAUGUGGCCGGCGUCUUCCUUGUCUUCGCUAACGCCAAACCAGAAGCGGGCUAUCGCGGUAUCACCGCAUUCAUUGUCGAUCGCGAUACACCCGGUCUAAUUGUGAAUAAGCCCGAAGACAAACUGGGCAUACGCGCAUCUGGCACAUGCAUGAUAACCUUCGAUAACGUACGCAUACCCGAAGAGAAUUUACUGGGUGAAUUCGGUCAUGGCUACAAGUAUGCUGCUGGUUUCUUAAAUGAGGGACGUAUCGGUAUUGGCGCACAAAUGGUGGGACUCGCGCAAGGUUGUUUCGAUCACACCAUACCUUAUCUCCUGGAACGCAAGCAAUUCGGCAAGGAGAUCUAUGAUUUUCAAUCCAUGCAACAUCAAAUCGCCACGGUGGCUACCGAGAUCGAAGCGGCACGUCUGCUCACCUACAAUGCGGCACGUUUGCAGGAGCAGGGCAAACMGUUCCUCAAAGAAGCCGCCAUGGCCAAGUUCUUCGCGUCAGAGGUGGCGCAACGUGCCACCAUCAAGUGCAUUGACUGGAUGGGUGGCGUCGGCUUCACGCGUGACUUCCCACAAGAGAAAUACUAUCGUGAUGUUAAGAUUGGCGCCAUCUAUGAAGGUACUACCAACAUGCAGUUGAGUACAAUCGCUAAAGUGAUCAAGAAAGAGUACGCCAAGUAAAGUAAA